AUGUCUCGCAUGUGGGAGGUCGACCCAGAAACGAGGACAAAGCUCCUCCAAAUCUCCAAGACCAACGGAAAUGACAAGUGCUGCGAUUGCGGUGCCCCGUCGCCCCAAUGGGCCUCCCCGAAGUUUGGAACGUUUAUCUGUCUCAACUGCGCCGGCACACAUCGCGGGCUAGGUGUUCACAUCUCCUUCGUCCGUUCGAUCACCAUGGACGCCUUUAAACACGCCGAGAUCCAACGCAUGGAGCUGGGAGGUAACGAUCCCUGGAAGACCUUCUACGAUGAACACCCAGUUACUGUCUCAGAAGGUCGCACAUUCGAAGACUCGACUAUCAAGGAACGAUAUGAAAGCGAAUCGGGCGAGGAAUGGAAGGAGCGGUUAUCGUGCAAAGUCGACGGCCGCGAGUACAUCCAAGGCCAGGAGAAGAAGAAUAAUCCCUCGCGAUCGAGCACACCCUUGAGCUUGGCUGGUGCCGGCACGGGUGCUAUAUCUGGUGCCCGGGCUGGGUCACCUGCAGCAUCGUCUAUUCGCUCUGGUGACAGCCAGCGGGCUGGUGUGCCCGGCAAGAAGGAGCAGAACGAGGCUUACUUCGCGAAGCUGGGGAAUGAGAAUGCUAGUCGCGCCGAUAACCUGCCGCCCUCACAAGGUGGAAAGUUUACUGGUUUCGGUGGUGGUUUGCCUGCGGCCUCUGCGAGUGAGCGGCGCUCUUCGCCCUUUGGCGGAUUUGGAGGUUGGGGUGGCGGCGGCGGCGGCGGCGGCCAGCCGUUUGAAGAUCUUCAGAAGGACCCAAUGGGCACUAUCACCAAAGGAUUUGGGUGGUUUGCUUCAACGGUUGGCAAGAGCGCAAAACAGGUUAAUGAUGCUUAUCUACAGCCAACAGCUAAACAGCUGGCCGAAUCCGACUUCGCAGCCCAGGCCCGCAUCCAUGCUUCAACGCUCGGCCAGAACCUACAAACAGGUGUUCGCGGCGCUGCUGACCAAUUCAAUAAGUUUGUUGAAGGAGAAGAUGGACGCGGUGACGGACGCCGUAAUCGCGUGGAGCCUGAGCGCCGAGACUUCUGGGAUGACUUCUCGUCAAUGGGGGACCAAGAUACAUCCAACCACCGCCGCACUGCAUCACAACGGUCUCAACGAUCUGAUGUUGUUGGGACCGCUGCUAUGCGCAAGGGUCCUACUGCCUCCUCUCUGGCUAACUCCACACCUGGUUUGUCUGGUGCAGAACCCGCAGAGGGUAAGAAUACAACGGCUUCGGCGACGGGUAAGGGCAAGGAUGAAUGGGAUGACAACUGGUAG